GUGAGUGAGUAGUCAUCUAUAAAACAGCAAACAGUGGAUGACUUGGCAGGCAGAACUGUGGUGGUUAGCUGUGCAAAAGGAACCUCGCUACCUUCAUAAGUGCCUGCAAGAUGAGCCAAACGGAGCAUAUUAGAAUAAGCAAGAUUACAACAAUAACAGAGACAGAAAUUUUGAGGUCCACUAAGCCUGCUCCAGCCAUCCAAAAGCCGCCCAGUAAACCCGCUCCAGCCAUCCAAAAGCCGCCCAGUAAACCUGCUCCAGCCAAACCGCCCAGUAAGCCAGCUCCAGCCAAACCGCCCAGUAAACCCGCUGCAGCCAAGCCGCCCAGUAAGCCAGCUCCAGCCAAACCGCCCAGUAAGCCCGCUCCAGCCACCCCAAAGCGGUCCACUCAAAAGAAGGUGAAGAAUUCCAAGUCAAAGUGAGGAAUGGAAGAGCGUUCUCCUGGUCUGCUCAGAGCAAGAGAGAAACUAUCUUCAGGAGGAUCAGCAAAAGACUUCAGAUAAUUUGCCACUUCAUCUUUCAUUAUGUAAAAUUAAUAAAGAGAGUUUUAUUUUGAAACAUA